GAGGGAGGGAGGGGGAGAAUCCAAUCCGGUUCCAGCUAGUUUUUCUUCCAAUGGAACAUUAACGUGUCGCUGCAGCGUGUGUGUGUCCGGACACGGCUUUAUCCUGAAUUCACCGCUUUAUUUCUGCRGUCUUCACCUUCAGCGCGUUCUUUUCAUCCAAACAUCUCAACACAAAGCAACAUGCCGAAGAGGAGCAAAGCAGCAGCUGCAGGAGGUGCUGACUCAGCACCCAAGAGGAGAUCCCUCAGGCUGAAYGACAAGCCUGAGCCUGCGAAGGUAGAGGCCAAAGCCAAACCAAAGAAAGGACCUGCUAAGGGAAAGAAAGCCAAGGAGGUGGAGAAGGCCAAGCCUGAAGACAAAACACCGGAGAGCCCGGCUGAGAACGGUGAAGCCAAAUCUGAGGAGGAGGCGCCUGCUUCAAACGCUGAUGAAGACGAGGCAGCAGAAUAACAACACUCCAGCCCCGUCUCCUACCAGUUCUCCCUGUACCUCUUUUCUUGUAUAAUUCAGGGGAAUAUUUUUAUCAACUAUUUUCUAAAUACAAGUUUUUUAGUGGUUUGAUUGUAGAGGACACUUUUUUUUAAUAUAAUGACAGAAAAGUCAAUUUGGACAUGGGGAAAAUGAUCAAAUCCUACUAUUUACAUUAACUUGAACAUUGCAGUCAUCGUUGGUAGAUUUAGUUUCAAAUGUGAAGGAGGGGAGGGAGGGUCCGGUCAGCAGGAGGGUGGGCAACAACUAGAAAAGCUAACCUGUGAGAAGUACAUUCCAUAUGCUUUGUAAGGGACGUGUGUUGUUUCCUUGUUUAUAUUGAAGUGGUUUUYAAUGUUUGCAACCUUUUUCCCUAUUUGUUAACUUGUGUACUCUUAAAGUUUCUCCUGGAGUCCCUACUGGAGCCCUACUGGAGCCUUCCCAUUCAGCACUGUACAUCACACGCUGUCUGUGUCUUUAAUAGCACUGCAAUAAAUCUAAAGCUGCCGCUGUGAGCAAUUUUCAAUCCUUCAAUUUUCAGCAUGUCAGGAUGGAUGAAAAGGAGUUUUUCUUAACCAACCUCAGAAAGUGUAUUAAAAUACAAACUGCUGAGGUGAACUUCCUUAAAGCCAAUAAACUGUAAUCUGAACUGUCGACAGCAGUAGCCAUAUUUGUGUGGGCUUUAGGUGUCUGUAUCGAUACAAGUGUGUAGUUUUUUUUAUUUUUAUUUAGAGAUGUAUUUGUGUAUUGAUUGUUAACAAACCAAUAAAACUCAGUUGGUAGCUCUUAAA